GCCCAGUGCCCACGCAUCCUCCUCGUUCGUCGUGGGUGGCUCACCAUGAUCCCUCCCUCCCUCGUCAAGCACUUGAACCAUCCAGUCUUCAUCGAAGCAUCAGAGCUUCCUCCUCUCUCGCAGCAUCGAUUUCCGCUUCGUAUUGUCUCGCUGCUUCUCCGAUUGGACGUAUCAGUCGCUUCCCGCUUCCUCUCCGUCGAUUUUCCACUUCCUGCUCUUUCCUCUCCCUAUCAGUCGCCGUCGAUCUGCAGUGGGUCGAAUUAAGAACCACCUAGAGGCCAUGGCCACUCCUUUUACAAGUAGCACCGAGGCCGAUGCUGCCGUCGCUGAUCGCAGCCGCUAUGCGUCAAUCCCCAUCGACUUACUGCUCAACGUGUUCCGUCGUCUCGCGCGACGUCCACCUCCUUUUUCCGCCGCUCGUACCGACCACCAGCACCAGCAGCACCAACAGCUCUCUCCCACUGCCACGUCAUCCCCCGAUGCAUCCCGCAACGCAUCACGCAACUCAUCCCCCUCACAAUCUCAUCACCUCGUGUCUUGCCGGUGGCUGCGACUCGCGUGCCUCGCAACCACGUCUCUCCACCUUACGCGACGUCGACUUGACGGAAGAGUCUCGACGUCGCAGCUCGUCAGCACCGUUUGGUGCUUCCCGAACCUCACGUCGGUCCACAUCGACACUUCCGGAGCCGAUCUUAUAACGGACGCUGCCUUAGCGGAGAUCGCGGCUGCGUGCCCCCGACUCGAGCGCCUUUCGCUGUUUCCCGGCCUUUCUAAUGAUCUGCACGACCUUCCUAAUUAUCUGCACGAUCAAGAGCCUACUCAUCAGUGCGACCAUGUGCGCGAUAAUGAUCCUCACACGUGGACGUCCCACGGCCUGGACUCGCUCUUCCAAGCCUGCACGCGCCUGGAGGAGCUCGCCCUAGACUGCCCUCCCACCGUCUCCGCUCUCCCCGCAACCAUCUCUACGUUGACCGCCCUUGCACCACAUCCCUGAAGCGGUCAGCUCUCUGCACGCUCUGGAGUUUCUCUCCCUGCAAGCACCGCCGCUGCUCACAUCCCUCCCCAGCAGCCUGGGCGGGCUCUCCACUCUGCGGCACCUGGAGCUGGUGAGCAGCAGGGGAUUGUCCUCCGUGCCUGACACGAGGGUUUCGUGCCUCGGGGGGUAAUCGCCUGCGCUCACUCCCUGACUCACUCUGCUGCUGCACUUCCCUGACCGCUCUGGACCUCUCUCUACCGCAUCUGGCCCAAUUGCCUUAGAAGAUCGGCGAUCUGGAGAGUCUCCGCCGCCUUGCCCUGUUUCAGCUGGUUGUAUCCUCAUGAGCUACCUGCGUCUUUCACGCAGCUUUCCUCCCUAGAGGAAUUAAAUCUAGCCGUGCGGCUUCAGCAGCUGCCUGAAGCGUUCGAGAAUCUGACCAAUCUGCGGAGGCUGACGCGGAGUCGCUGCCCGGAGCUGACUCACUUGCCCGCCUCUCUGCUGCAGCUCUCCCUUCUCGAACGCCUGGUGAUCUCUGGGUGCCACCACAGGUUUUCUCCGCCCGAGAUAAUAGGGCAGAUGUCCGCACUCACCCAUCUGGAUGUGUCUAACCUAAGGAGGCUUCCCACGUCCAUUGGCCAGCUGCAGCAGCUACAAUCGCUUACACUCAGUGGCUAUGGCUACCUUGACUGGCUGCCAGACUGCUUAUCUCAGCUUCAUGCGUUGAAGACGCUCGCGCUUUUCCGCUGCGAAAGGCUCUCCUCCCUCCCUGCAGGCAUCGGCAAUCUGACGAGCCUUGAGGAGCUCGCUUUUGAGUCGACUCAAAAGUCACCUUGAGGAGCUCGCUCUUGGCGAAUGCCCGACCAUCAAGCACCUGCAUCGCUGCGAAUGCCGGGCCAUCAAGCACCUGCAUCGGUGCGAAUGCCCGGCCAUCAAGCACAUGCAUCGGUGCGAAUGCCCGGCCAUCAAGCACCUGCAUCGCUGCGAAUGCCCGGCCAUCAAGCACCUGCAUCGGUGCGAAUGCCCGGCCAUCAAGCACCUGCAUCGCUGCGAAUGCCCUGCCAUCAAGCCCCUGCAUCGCUGCGAAUGCCCAGCCAUCAAGCACCUGCAUCGCUGCGAAUGCCCGGCCAUCAAGCACCUGCAUCGCUGCGAAUGCCUGGCCAUCAAGUGCCUGCAUCGCUGCGAAUGCCCGGCCAUCAAGCGCCUGCAUCGCUGCGAAUGCCCUGCCAUCAAGCACCUGCAUCACUGCGAAUGCCCGACUUUGUUCACUGCCUGUCCCUCCGACACAUCUGCAUCCGAGAUUGUGCUGGCCUCAAGUACUUGCCAGGUGAGAUUCAGCAUCUUGUGGUGGCUGGGGGAAGAGGAGGAGAAUGAGAAGAAGGCGAGGGUUGACCUGGUGUGAUAGGCUUUAGAGAACUCUCAACUCUCUCCAUCGCAUCUCCAUGGGGGAUUGCGAUGAGAUUCAGCAACUGGUGGCUGGGGGAAGAGAAGGAGAAGGAUAAGGAGAGGAUUGAUAGAUGUGGUGGAGGAGAUACAGACAAAGUUGACUUGAGCAGCUAGAUGAGAUGGUGGUGGUGGAGGGGGUAGGGUUCUCCAGAGCUAGGUGCUGGAGGGGAUGGUGAUGCUGGUGGUGGCUGCUGCUAGAAACAGUCUGCAGCUGAUGAUGGUUGUUUCAUAUCGUCCAUGGGUUAUUUCUCCCUCCAAGGAAUUGAGGAUGGACUCGAGCAGGUGGCAGGUCCGCUACCAGCUAGUAUAA